AUGAACGUCGAGAAACCCUCCAGUACGCCAAUGGCUCUAGAACCCCUCAACAUCACCGACGAUGAAGAAAAGCGGGCUCAGUCGACUAUUGGACCCGAGACCACCUCCAGUCCUACUACAGCGCCUGGAAUUGCAACAUGGAAGUUGUCCUUAUCCAAGGUGAAUUGGAUUGCAUUGUCCUACACACUCGCCUACAUUGGCUGCACCGCCAUCUUCGCAAGCCUCUCCGAUGUCAUCGGUCGCCGCAACGCCUACCUCGCCGCCUAUGUCAUCUUUCUCGCCUUUUCAGUCGGCUGUGGCUUCGCUCAAUCCCUCGAACAGCUCAUUGCUAUGCGUGCGCUACAGGGAGUCGGUGGCUCGGGCUUGUAUUCAGUGGGCUUCGUUAUCUUGGGCGAGAUCAGUCCGCCGCGCGUGAUUGGUAUGCUGGGCGCAAUGGCAGGAGCCAUUAUUGCGAUGUCGGGCAUCCUAGGGCCAGUGCUGGGCGGUGUCAUUACGAGCUACACAUCCUGGCGGUGGAUUUUCUGGAUCAACGCCCCGAUUGGAAUCAUUCCGUUGAUCCUUUUCGUACUGGUUUGGUCCAACGACGCCCUCAUCCGCGGUGUCAGUCGUCGCAGAUUCAAACAGGUCGACUUCUUGGGCUUCCUUCUCUUGGUCGCUGCUUCCGUGCCCUUUGUCAUUGCGUUCCAGCAAGCCGGCAUCCACGUCCUCAUGAACAGCUCCAUCUGGUCGUCUGCGCUCUUCGUUGCUCCGCUCAUCGUUGGUGUGCUCUGCUUUGCCGCACUCUUCACUUGGGAGUGGUUUAUUGCAAGACGUUGGCCUGACGCGAUUGCUGCACUCUUCCCAAUGCGACUAGCCAAGAACCGAGUUUACAUGUCUGCACUCGCUACAACGUUGUUGAUAGGCUUCCCCUACUUCGUCAUCAUAUACUCGCUGCCAACGCGGUUCCAGGUCGUCAACGGAAAGAGUGCGCUUGGAUCGGGUGUCGCUUUGCUGCCAAUGCUUGGGUCCUCUGCCAUCGGAUCGACUCUCGCUGGUGCGGCGUCGAGUAAGAAGAAUAACACGUUUGCGGUCAACGUCAUUGGUGCUGCCCUCAUGCUUAUUGGAACCGCAACCUUGUCUACACUCGAUAACACUUUCGCCCCCCAAGCUCGAGCCUAUGGUCUACAGGUUUUCGUCGGCUUAGGCUUCGGGUUGACAGUCAGCAAUUCGACUCUACUCGCUGGCAUUGAAUCGGAGCCACGCGACACCGCAGUCGCACAAGGCCUGAUGGCGCAAGUGCGUGUGCUAGGGGGUAGUGUUGGUAUUGCUGCGUCAACAGCUAUCCUGGGCAUCAAAGAGCGUCAAGAGCUUCUCGACUCGCUGAUUGUAGAGGGCGCGCAGUUGGAGUCACUUGCUGAGUCUAUGCGGACCCUUCCUCCCAACAAAGUUUUCGCUAUUCGCCAGACAUACUCAGAUGCUUUCAACGAGACACUUGUGGCUUGCGCAGUUAUCAGUGGUGUGGCCCUCCUGGCGACGCUCGCAGCGUGGCGGAAACAUCCCACGGCUAUGAGAAAUAGAACAUAG